CUAUUAUAAAUAAUUUGCAACGACAAGGUAGACAAAAACUGAGGAAAAUGGGCAACAUUAAUUCCUCAGCCACAAUACUCCCAACAGAGGCUGUCCAGGGUUCUGUAGAUGGCAUUACUCACUACUACGUGGUCCCAUUGCUUAGAGUUAUGGUGUUCCUGUGUUUGGCAAUGGUGAUCAUGACAAUGGUGGAGAAAGUGUACUUGGCCGUGGUGGUUGCUUGCCUGAAGCUUUUCCGGCGAAAGCCGGAGAAGCAGUACAAGUGGGAGGAUAUGAAGAAGGAUGAUUUAGAGAUUGGGGACUCGGCUUACCCCAUGGUUCUAGUUCAACUACCAAUGUGCAAUGAAAAGAAGGUAUAUCAACUUUCCAUUGGAGCUGCCUGCAACCUUUCAUGGCCAGCGGAUCGAAUUAUAAUUCAAGUUCUUGAUGAUUCAAAUGAUCCAUCAGUCAGGGCGUUGGUCCAAGAAGAGUGCAGGAGAUGGGCAAGUAAAGGAGUGAACAUAAAGUGUGAGAAUAGAGAGCAUAGGAAAGGGUACAAAGCUGGAGCCCUCAAGGAUGGAAUAAAUCACAGCUAUGUGAAGUUGUGUGAGUAUGUAGUCAUUUUCGAUGCUGAUUUUCAACCUGAUCCAGAUUUCUUGUACCGCACCAUUCCUUACCUCAUACAUAACCCUAAUCUCGCCCUGGUUCAAGCGAGUUGGACAUUCGUCAACUCCGAUGAGUGCAUGCUAACAAGAAUGCAAGAAAUGUCAAUGGAUUACCAUUUCACAGUGGAGCAAGAAGUUGGGUCAGCAGUCCAUGCAUUUUUUGGCUUCAAUGGAACUGCAGGUGUAUGGAGAAUAGCAGCAUUGAAUGACGCAGGAGGAUGGAAAGAGCGUACAACAGUGGAAGAUAUGGAUCUGGGUUGCCGAGCUGCUCUCAAAGCCUGGAAAUUUCUCUUUCUUGGUGAUGUCAAGGUGAAAAAUGAAUUGCCAAGCAGUUUCAAGGCAUAUAGAUAUCAGCAACACAGAUGGUCAUGUGGCCCUGCUAAUCUUUUCAAGAAAAUGACCAUAGAGAUUAUUACAAACAAGAAAGUAUCGAUAUGGAAGAAAGUGUAUCUGAUAUAUGCCUUUUUCUUCGUUAACAAAAUCGUUGCACAUAUUGUUCCCUUCACCUUCUUCUGCCUUGUUUUGCCUGCAACUGUUUUGGUCCCACAAGUCAAUGUCCCCAUUUGGGGAGCUUUUUACCUCCCUUUAGCCGUUGCAAUUCUGAAUGUUCUUCCCAGUCCAAGAUCAUUCCAUUUGGUGGUUUUAUGGAUGCUUUUUGAGAAUGUUAUGUCCCUUCACCGCACUAUUGCAACGUUCAUCGGCCUUCUUGAAGUCGGGAGAGUCAACGAAUGGGUUAUUACUGAGAAGCUUGGCAAUGCCUUCAACACUAAAACAGGAUCUAAAGCUGUAAACAAGCUUCCUCGUUUUAGUAUUGGAGAAAGGUUGCAUGUGUUGGAGAUCAUUGUUGGAUUGUACCUGGUGUUUUGUGGGUGGUACAACUUUUGUUACGGAAACAACCAUUAUUAUGUAUACUUGUUUGUCCAAGGCGUGUCAUUCUUUGUCAUAGGAUUUGGAUACAUUGGUGCAUUUGGGACAACCUCAUAGGCAUGUGCCUCAAUAAGUAGUAGGCCGAAAAGGAAAAUGUUAGGUAUACUUUCAUUUUCUACUUCCAAUUUGUACUCUCACACACAAAAUAUUGAUGUUGACAUUUAUAUUGGGACGCACUUGAAAAAGUAGCUUAUCAGUGUCCGUCAAAUCAUGGAGUAAGAUUUGAGAGUUCAUGUAGUAGAACUCGGC